AUGGAUGGACAACUUGCACCCAGGGUCAUCGAUGAUAUUGCGUUCAACCCGAGAAAUCGAUGGCGAUUUACACAAGAUCUCAUCACCAAGUGCUGGAGAAGACUGAUGAAGGAAUACCUGACGACCCUGAACACUCGAAACAAAUGGGAUGAGGAGAAACGCAACAUUGCUCCCGAGGACAAGGUCCCGAUGGUGGAUCCCGGCAACCCACGAUUGCAUUGGCCUUUGGGUCGAAUUCAAGAGGUUUUUCCUGGCCCUGACAGGAUGGAGUCAAAAUCAUCGAGCUUCUCCCAGGAAUCCAGUGGAGGAGAAUUUCAAGAAAAUAGUGGAGCACAAUCAUCAUCAAGAAGAUUACAGGUUACUUUCCUGGCAUCAGAAUGGAGAUCAAGUAAAGGAGGACUUUCCACUUUAAACAGAGAGUUGGCAGUAGACGUUGCAAAAAGUCCUGAGGUAGAGGUCACCUUCUUUGUUCCACGAUGCAACGACGAUGACAAGAAAGCAGCUCUUGGCCACAAAAUUAAUCUUGUUAAAGCAAAAAGGCUGGUUGGUAUGGAUGAGUUGGCAUGGCUUAACUUUCCACCAAGUGAUUUACAAAUUGACAUAGUUGUUGGUCACGGUGUCAAGCUCGGUCCUCAAGCACAAGUUAUACGAAAGUCACACCAAUGUAAAUGGGUUCAGGUUGUCCAUACUGCCCCUGAAGAACUUGGGAUGUAUAAGACAUAUUCGAAUCCAGUAUCAGUGAAUGAAAAAAAGCGUGAAAUGGAAGUCGCACUUUGUAAAAUGGCUGACUUAGCUGUUACUGUUGGACCCAAAUUAAGUGAGACUUUUCGCGCUUACCUUCGUGGCUGCAAGAAAGAUCAAAUGGUCGUUGAAUUUACUCCCGGAAUUUUGGCUGAGUUUMCUGAAGUCCACCAYGURGUUGAUGAAAGGAAAAAAUUCCGAGUUCUGGUUUUUGGGCGUGGCGAUGACGAAGAUUUCGAAUUGAAAGGAUUUGACAUUGCAGCCAAAGCUGUUGCUACCUUAGAUGACACACAUCUUAUUUUUGUUGGUGCACAAGAUGGAAAGCAAGAUGAGGUUAAACGUCGUUUGCUCAAGUGUGGCAUCCUUUCUCAGCAUCUAACUGUUAGAAGUUAUUUACAAAGCCGGGAGAGUUUGAAAAACUUACUUUGCGAAGUAGAUCUUGCAAUCAUGCCUUCGAGAACGGAGGGCUUUGGUUUGACAGGUCUUGAAGCCUUGUCAGCUGGUCUGCCAAUUCUUGUCAGCAGAAACUCCGGAUUUGGAGAAGCGUUGAGAAAGGUACUAUAUGGCUCAUAUUUUGUAAUUAAUUCAGAAGAUCCCGACGUAUGGGCAAAAGCCAUCAAGGAUGUCCAGGACAAAGACAGUUUUGAUCGUCUUCAGGAGUCUGAGGGAUUGCGUGCGUCAUACGAGAAGAAGUACAGUUGGGAAAGCCAAACUAAAUCUCUCAUUAGUAAGAUGUUCAGCAUUACUCAAGGUGUGAAUAUUUUCAAUAUCAACUUUGUUUUUUAG